UUGAUUCUUUUCUUGAUCGCUGAAGUUUAACCAAGGCAUUGAGGCAAUAAGGAAGGCUUCCCUGGCAUUUUUCUGCAGAUUCACUACACUGUUACUGGAAACAACAUAAGCAUGAGUAGAGUUCAAAAGGUGAACAGGAAUGAUGAAUGCUCUGUUAUUGGAGACAAAGGUGAGAUCAGCUUUAUCGAUUUUGAGCUUGAUGGUCCUGUUUGCUCUGAUGACCAAAAUGAAGAGGAUCCAGUGAUAAUCUCAACUCCUUUUCCCUUUACCCGAGGGAAGCCUCGGUCUGCUUUUGUUGGGGAGACUUCUUAUGAUGCAGUCACUAUAACUAAUACAACUAGAGAGCCUGUGCCACUUUGGGGAGUGAAAAUUUUUGGUUCAAACCCUGCAGACUCGUUCACUAUAUCACUGCUGAAACCACCUUCAAUGGAUUCUGAUGAUGAAUACAUUAAAAGGUUUCUGGAGGGAUUUUCUCUUGAAGAUAGAACCCUUCAGCCAGAAAAAACGCUCACCAUUUGGUUAUCUUGCAAACCUAAAGACAUUGGAUUGCACACAAGUAUAGUGCAUUUUGAUGUAGGGGAUGAAAGGAUAGAGCGUGUGAUAUUUCUCUUGGCUGAGGACAAGGUUUCCCAGUCUCUGGCUUCAAGGAAGUCAUAUGCGAAAUAUCAAAGAAAUAGACAAUCUACUUCUGAAACAUUUGCUAGAUAUACAGCAAAGAGAUCCAGCAGAGGGUGGAAAUAUAAGCUUCGUCAGUUUGAAAUGCCAGAAGGAACUAGGAAGUUAUUAGAAGAUAAGCAAAUCCCUGCAGUUAUAUUAGAAAACUUAACGAAGGAGAAUUAUGCUUCUUAUUUCGGCACCUUACUAUACAUGGAAGAGCUACAUUUGGAGAAAGAAAUGAGGAAUUACGACAUGAGGACUGUGGAACUGAGACGAAGGAAGGGUAACUUAAUGGCUAUUGAGGUCCCUGGACUGGCAGAGAGAAGGCCUUCACUUAUACAUGGUGACUUUGUAUUUGUUGAGCCAGCCUACCAGCAGAGAAAUGGUCUUAAUUUCCAGUAUCAGGGUUCCAUCUACCGGAUUGAGGCUGAUGAAGUUCUUUUGAAAUUUGGCAAGGACUUUCACAUGCAAAAUCACCCAGGGAGUUUUUACAAUAUUUGGUUUACUUUCAAUAGGAUAAACUUGCAGAGAUUACAUCAAGCAGUUGAAUCUGCACAAUACCUGGACAUAGAUUUCCUGUUCCCCUCCCAACUUAAAGAACAGUCAAGUAAUGGGAUGCCAGUCACGCCUUUUACAAGUCUCAAUCAGCAGCAGCUGCAAGCUGUUGAGAAGAUCCUUAGUUCUGAAGGGGCACCUCCUUAUGUCAUCCAUGGACCUCCAGGUACUGGCAAAACAGUGACUUUGGUAGAAGCAAUCCUACAACUUUAUACAACAAGAAAGAAUACCCGCAUUCUUGUUUGUGCUGCUUCAAACAGUGCAGCCGACUACAUUUUAGAGAAACUUGUUAUGAAUGGAAUUGUUGAAGUAAAAGAUAAAGAGAUCUUCAGGCUCAAUGCCACCAGCCGUCAAUAUGAAGAUGUUCGGCCAGAUUGCAUUCGGUUUUGCUAUUUUGAGGACUCUAUUUUCAAAUGUCCUCCUUUGGAGGCCUUAAUGUGUUACAGGAUCAUCAUCUCUACUUAUAUGAGUUCAUCUCUCCUUUAUGCAGAAGGUAUAAGUUGUGGUCACUUCUCCCAUAUAUUCUUAGAUGAAGCUGGUCAAGUUUCAGAACCAGAAACCAUGGUACCUAUGUCCAACCUUUGUCAAAGGGAAACUGUUGUUGUUCUUGCAGGAGACCCCAAGCAAUUAGGCCCUGUUGUAUUUUCCAGAAAUGCAAUGACUUAUGGCUUGGGAAAAUCUUACUUAGAAAGACUUUUUGAAUGUAACUACUAUUCACGUGGGGAUCCAAAUUUCAUCACGACAUUAGUUAGUAAUUAUAGAUGUCAUCCUGCAAUUCUUCAUCUCCCCUCAAAACUAUUCUAUGAAGGGGAGUUGCUUGCAUGCAAAGAAGAUACUUCUUCGGCAAAGUCUUGGCUAGGUAUUCUUCCUCAUGAAGAGUUUCCUAUUCUCUUUGUUGGCAUUCAGGGAUGUGAUGAGAGAGAAGGGUUCAACCCCUCAUGGUUUAACAGGAUUGAGGCAAGCAAGGUGGUUAACUUGAUCAUAAAGCUGAGAGCCUUGUCAGAUCUAAGAGAAGGAGACAUUGGUGUAAUAACACCUUACCGUCAACAAGUGGUUAAGAUUGUCAAUGUACUUGAAUCAGAAGAUAUAUUUGGCAUUAAAGUUGGGAGUGUUGAGCAGUUUCAGGGACAAGAGAAAGAAGUUAUAAUUAUCUCUACAGUCCGGUCAACUAGCAGACACAACGAGCAUGACAAAACGUUCAGCCUUGGAUUCCUUACUAAUCCUAGAAGGUUUAAUGUUGCACUUACACGUGCAAAAUCAUUGCUUGUCAUAGUGGGCAAUCCACACAUUAUCAGUAAGGAUUUUUAUUGGCAUAAGCUUUUGUGGUACUGCAAGGACAAUAAUUCCUACCAAGGUUGUCCUUUGUCUGAAAGAGAACUUGAUAUGGUGGAAGACCUAGCGCCAGAGCACUGAAUCAGAGUUUGUGGGCUCAUAUUAUGAACAAGAAAUCCUCUAUAUCCAGCAGGUUUCACAUAUGAUUUCAUUAAACUCAAUAAAACAGCAUGUGGAUUUAAGGACUCUCUCAGCCAGAUUUUCAAGACCUUUUACUUCAUUCUCUUUCGCUUGUUGUAUUACUGAUUAAUAUAUGGUUUUGGAGACCAUGAAAGUCUCAGGUCAUGGGUUUGUAGUUACAUCCUAAUCCAACAUUGAUAAUUCAAACUUGUAUUUUUGAA